CUCUAUUUUAAGUACUGUCACCGUUCAACCUCACCUCUGCUUGUUUUCCUUUGACUAGCAAAUGGCGGACCAGCUUUCCGCCCAGCUCGAGCCAUGGUACAACCUACAGAACAAGGUGGUCCUAGUCACGGGCGCCUCCUCUGGUUUAGGCCGAGACUUCUGUCUGAAUCUUGCCAAAGCCGGCUGCAGGAUUGUUGCUGCCGCUCGCCGCGUAGAUCGUCUCAAAUCUCUCUGUCAAGAAAUUAAUCAGCUUCCUUCUCUUUCUUCGCCGAAUGAUAGGCCCAAUUCUGCUCGCCGAGCUAUUGCUGUGGAGCUUGACGUUUGCGCCGAUGGGGCUACUAUUGAUAGGUGCGUGCAGAUGGCUUGGGAAGCCUUUGGUGGCAUCGAUGCUUUGGUAAAUAAUGCGGGAGUUAGAGGUAGCGUGAAGACUCCGCUGGAUUUGUCUGAGCAGGAGUGGGAUCACGCAGUCAGGACAAAUUUGACUGGAUCCUGGUUGGUGUCCAAAUCUGUAUGCAUACGUAUGCGCGACUCAAAAAGAGGAGGAUCAAUCAUUAAUAUUUCUUCCAUUGCUGGUCUUCACCGUGGUCAGUUACCUGGAGCUGUUGCAUAUGCUUCUUCAAAGGCGGGCUUAAACGCCAUGACCAAGGUCAUGGCUCUGGAAUUGGGCGUGCACAAAAUCAGAGUGAACUCAAUAUCACCUGGACUCUUCAAAUCUGAGAUCACAGAGGGUCUUAUGCAAAAGGAAUGGCUAAAUAAUGUUGCUUUGAGAACUGUUCCUUUACAAGAAUUCGGCACCUCAGAUCCGGCCUUAACGUCACUGGUUCGAUACUUAAUCCAUGAUUCCUCAGAGUAUGUGACUGGAAAUAUAUUCAUUGUUGAUGCAGGGGCCACCCUGCCAGGUGUUCCUAUAUUCUCGUCCCUUUGAGUUUUCUUUACAUGACCUUUAUAUUUUCUUCUGUUUGUGUGUCAAUUUAGUUUUCAUUGAACUGUAAGGUAGGAUUUGAUUAAAAAAAAAAAAAAAAAAAACCUGAAAGGUAGAAUGAUAUACUGUGCUGUAAAAGAAUUUCAAAUUGGAACAUGGCAGUCCUGAUCAAGCUUUCUUGGCAA